UUGGUGCAUGUGUUAUGUGUAUCGAUAGCUACGCAAAAUAGCAGAGUGCGACAACAACGAAAAAAGAAUUUAUUUAUUAUUUAUCUAUGCAACUUGCGUUACAUCUUUUGGUGGAACGGCGCCGGUGAGGCGGCGCCUGUUUGUAGACAUCGUGAACAGUUCUACUGUUGCUGCCAAAUGUCGAAUGUGCAUAAAAAAAAAUUCAACCAUCCCAGUGUUCUUUUCCUCUGCUACAGUAGUGCGUCAAGUGGUUGCGUUAGGGCCGUAUUGAUUAAUUAGCUGUAUAACUGAAUCAAUUAAUUACAACCGUGAACUUAUUCCGGAAGUGUGGCAAAUCAAGAACGCUUUCACGUUGUCGUUCUUUUAGAUACUGAACCCUUACACAGGGAUGUAAAUCACGUACUCUUCCUUAAAACGGAUGUUGUACUACCCUUCUGGUUUCCAAAUAAGCGACUCAGACAACCCUUAUAAGGAGGCAGAUAGAUCUUUGGGCUAUCACGGAGGACUAUAUCACUCGUGUUCGAGUCAGGUCUACCGACCUAAGACACGAACCCAAUAAAUCACUGCGGUAGGUACUAGGUAACGGAUAUCGGCAAGCUAUUUCCCUACCCGAAUUGUUGUGAUGGCUAGCUAGGCAAGUAAGAUGGGCGAAGGAAUCAAAACUAAACAAAAAUUAACAGGUUUGGUGAAAAUAAUAAUAAUAAAUGAAUUAAACCAAAAGCUAUUGACUGUCUGGAAAAUAAACGGAAAGGUAAUUCUCGUAUCUGUCUGGAAUGUACAAGAAUAAUUAAUAAACGAUCGGAUCUGGAAUACGGUUCUGGAUUAAUAUCUGGUCCCCUACUGGUCAGAUAAUUAAAUUUAUCGUAGUAAACAAUGUAACGAGUAUUUGUAAAAAGCACAUUCAAAUCAUUAAAUAACAUUGAUUAAGGCCUACGAAACCAUACGAGGAUAAUUUAAUUCACCGAUAAUUGGCACAAAACGGAAAUAAUAAAGAUUUAGUCAAUAACAUAUCUCCUUGAAUGUCGUCCGAUGUAAUUAUCCCGUCGCGUCGAAUUUCAAAUGCAGAUUUGGUUCAUGGUUCGCUGUCCAGAAAUACUAUAGGUUUCCUUUUUAGUGGUUUUGGGAUAUCCAAAUGUUUCGAUUUUGCACCAUUCGUCCAAGGUCUUAUUCAUAAAUAGCGCGAGCUUUUUGUAGGCAAUUGCGGAGGUUGGAAGGAAGGACCAACACGCGACAGUUUAAAAAAGCGCCGCUUAUUUUGUCCAUUAACAAAUGGAAAAUUUCCGAUUUAUGGUGAAAUUUCGUUGUUUACUUUUAUUUGCCAUCCAAUUUUUGUUGACGGGCUACAAGACAUUUAUUGAGAGAGACGAUCUAGGUGAACAGAUCAUCGCAGCACCAGACUACUUUAGAAUCUAAUCACCAUACAAAUGAUAAAUAAUAUGAUAGUGACUUACACUAUAAUAAUAUGUAGUUGCUAGUAUACCGAGAAAAAUGGUAUAAGUAAAAAUGUCAUGUUAUAAUCAUUUUCCUAAGUUUUCUAAAAUAAAAAUCUCUUAUUUGCCUUUCUGUUGGUACAAAGAACUCUAUUGCGCACUCAUCCUAAGGGAAGCGCGUACAAAUGAAGGCCUGGGUUUUCCACAACAAGACAUAUUUUUGGAACAAGUUGCCCUUUGCGGGAUGGAAGGCUACAUAGAGUUUCUGCAACAAAAUUGGACACUAGCCAUAAUAAACUGGAAAACAGCGCAAGGAUGUUACAAACAUGCGAACACCCACAAAUUAAGCUCUCGAUCAGCGAAUACGAUAUCGUUCGGAUGUUCAAAUCACGCAACGGGACUCGCGGCAGCCGCUUUGUCGUUAAAUUUAAGAUAUGUUUUGUUCAAAAUGAUGCGAAUGUCUUAA